AUGUGGCGUCAUGGAGUGAGCAUUGACGCUUUUGCGGCGGGAGGCGUCUUUUUAGUCGGCGGUUUACACAUUUGCAUAGUUAUCGAUCGAUUGCUUCCGUUGGAUCGCGGAAUGUCCGCCCUGUUCUCGCGUUUGCACCUUUUUUUUUACAAUGUAAACUUUAAAUGUCACGUUCUUAUCCUACAAAUGGUCAGCAAAAAUAUAUUGUAGUUCAUUUUUCGAUUGAGGCUGUUUUUCCUGCUUAAAAAUUUUCAGUUUUCUUUUUGUAUUUUUUCUUCUCAUUUAAUGUCGAAUAUUUCUUUUUCUAAAAUAGUUUUCAAUUUAAACCCUUUUAUUUUGAAAAAGUUAGAAAAACCUUCAAACCUUUUAUUAACAAAAAAAUACGACAAGUUUUCAGAAGUUAGUAACACAAUUCUCUGUCAAUAACUUUUCUUUUAUUAUCCUUGUUUCUCUUUAUAUCUUUCAUAUUCCUAAUGAAAAACUUAUAAUGGGAUUAAGCUGUAUAUUUGCAUAUUACAGCCAGUCAUGUCAAUAAUAAAUGGACAAAAACGAGAACAGUCCAUAAGCGUUGGUCUGAGCUCGACUAACGGGAGACCUGAACCGACGCCUUCCACUAUCGCAAACUCAGGCAGGGAAAAUAAGCGUUGUGAAAUAUACAGGUAAUUUUUCUUAGAUUUUCUCGUGUUUUAUCUACGUACUUGAGAUACGUUUCUGCUAAGCCUUUGUAUGCGGCUGCGUGGUCUCAAAAAACCGAUUCAAAGUUUCGCCUGGCCGUGGGAACUUUGGUCGAAAGAGAACAGGGGAAUAAGGUUGAAUUUUCCUAAGUUUCUUUUUAUAAUUAGACGAAUUAAGGUGUCUGUUAUCCAACUGAAUGAUGAAACCGGCGAGCUGGUUGAAAUCGCUUGUUUUGGCCAUGAGUUCCCGGCCAACGCCGUUGGAUUUAUUCCGGAUCCGGUUGGUUUCCAUUUAACUUUUUUUUAAAUUUUUUUUUCUAUUUAAGUCGUAGUUUUUAUUGAUUUUCAUGUGUUUAUUUAAAAUUUCAAGUAAGUAUUUGAAAUUCCGUGCAAUUAAAGUUAAAGAAAAUAAUCCUUUUGGUUAAAUUUGUUUUUUUUCUCUCGUUUUGUGAUAAAGAAAAUAAUUGUUGUAGUAGACUCGAACCUUUUUUUUCGAACGUUUUAGCAGAGAAUGUUGAUUUUUUCUUUUUUAGGAAAAUCGCUAUCCAGACCUGAUCGCCACAACAGGAGAUUGUCUGAGAAUAUGGAAAAUCAACGGCAACACGAUAGAUUCUGACGUCGCCCUGCUUGCAGUAAGUAAUUUUAAUUUCCUAUGGAGUUGAGAAAAAAGUCUUUGAAGAACAAAGCGACCCAAUACUGCGCGCCUCUGACGAAUUUCGACUGGAACGAGGCAGAUCCCCGGCUGAUCGGAACUUCGAGCAUCGACACCACUUGCACUAUUUACGAUGUCGAGGUUUCCUCAUUCGGCUUAAAUUCUUAAUUUUCUUUUUCGUUUAUUUCAGACCGGAACAAAUGUCGGAACAACAUCCUUCAACGUGAAAACUCAAUUGAUUGCUCACGAUAAGCCUGUUCACGACAUCGCCUUUUCCAAAAUCAACAGUGGAAAGGACCAUUUCGCGACAGUUGGUCAGUUUUUUCUGGUUAAAAUUUCAUUUCUUCUUUUCUUCAUUAUUGUUGCUGAACGUAUAAUUUCUAUUGUUUUUUUUUUGAUUUUUUGCUCAAAUAGUUGAUUUUUCCGCGCAGUUCAUUGUUUUGCACUUUUAACAAGCAUUUUUCAGUGUAGAAUAGAGAAAGAAACGACUUCUGGUUUUUUUUAAUCAAGAAUUUUUGCGUUUUCGGAUCGGAAACGCCACUGAUUAUGUUUUUUCAGUUUUGCACCUGACGUUUUUCAUCAAUUUUAAAAUCAAAAAGACCUAAGCCUCACAAAUGUUGAAAAGAAAUAAUGUUGCUUUUUGUGGUAUUUUGAACGUUCUAUCUUAAAAAAAGCUUCUAUUUAUAGUUUGACUUUAUAAGAAAAAAACCGGAGAGUUUAGCAAUUGCGAUCAAAUUCAUUUUAUGGAAUCUAGUACAACAAUGAAUUCAUGCUAUAAAACCACGACCAUAUAUCUUAUAGAUUUUUUUUUAUUUGGAAGAUAUUUUUUGAUUUUGUCUAUGAAAAAGAUGUUCGAAACUCGAUAGUUUGAAGGUGCUGACGGAAGCGCUCGAAUGUUCGAUUUGCGGCAUCUGGAGCACUCGACAAUUGUCUACGAAGAUCCGCAGAAAACGCCGUUGAUGCGGUUGGCCUGGAACAAACAGGAGCCCUGCUACAUGGCCACUUUCUCUCAAGAUUCUAAUGAAGUCGGUUUUUGAUCCUUUUUCUCAUUUUUUUAAAACUUUAACUGUGAUCAGAUUGCUUGUUUAUUCAUAUGUCUCUUCAGAGAAAAAAUAAGACUUUGAUUCGGAUAAAUUCUUUCGAAAAAUUUUUUUUUUUGAACUGAUUAAUCUUUAAAAAUUUGUCUUUGAUGGUCUUUCAUUGUCUUUCAUUCUCCAGGUGGCGAUUCUGGACAUUCGAAUGCCUUGCAAUCCGAUUUCGAAGCUCAAGAAUCACACGGCGGCCGUGAAUGGAAUCGCCUGGGCGCCACACAGUCCCCAUCACAUUUGCACUGCGAGUAUGUUCCAUUUUAUUUUCAUUUUGUUUUCUUGGCAUCAUUUAGAAAAGAUCCUUAAAAUUAUUGAAAGUGUGUCUAUGAAGAAAAUUUAACUUCUUCUUUUUUUAUACCGAAUUUUUUUUUUGAUAUUUCAUCUCCUUUUCAAACUCUUGAGCUUGAGCCGUUUAGGAUCAAGUUUCUUCAAGUAUUUUGUGAAAUUUCUAUGAGAAAAAGUCGUUAAUCUUGAAAAAAUAGAGGCACUAAAAAGAUGAAGAGGAGGCAGAAAAGAUAAGAAAGAAGUGUGCUUCAUCGGUUAAGAUAUUUUGAACGAGGUAUUAAAAAAGUAAAACCUUUUUCUGAGAAGCUCCUCUCGAAAAAAAAGUAGAUAUUGGUUUGAAAUGGACUAAUGCUUUCCAGGUGACGACAAACAAGCUCUUAUCUGGGACGUCACUCAUAUUCCCCGUCCUGUCGAUGAUCCGAUUUUGGCCUACACGGCAGAAGGAGAAGUUUGUUUUUUUCUUUAUAUUUAUUUUUCUGGAUGUUUUGACUUUUCUUUCUUUUCUAGGUAAACCAAGUCCACUGGGGUCCGGUGCACAGCAACUGGAUCUGUAUUUGUUUCGAGAAAUGCAUGGAGAUUCUCAGAGUUUAGUUCUCAUUAUUUUUUUGGUUUCUAGGCAUUAUAACUUUAUAGUAUUCCACUUAUGGGCGAAAUUUUUUACCUUUUCUCCGGAAAAUUUGAGCCUUCGUGAAGCUUUUUUAAUGGAAGUUUCUAGACUAGUUCUGAAUAAAAUCUGAAUUUUUCACCGGAGAUGAAAUGAAAAUGAAAAACUAGAAGUUUCAUUUAUAGGUUCUAGGUGGGCAAAAUCAUUUUUCUGUAGUUGCCCAUGAAUGGUCUUUUUCGCAUUCCAUUGAUACGAAUCAGAAAUUUUACCGAUAAUAUUUUAUUUUUCCUUGUUAUAUUUCUACUUUUGAUCUCUGUUAACGAGUUCUUUUGCAUCCCUGAUUGUCCUAUCCAUCUCUUCAUCUUUGUGAUAUAUACUUAUUUUUUUUCUUUCUCGUGUAUUUUGAAUAAUUUAUUUUCUUGUUGAUAUUUUGUGACUGUAUCAUAUGAAGGGUAUAUGAAAGGUCUUUUUUUCAUAUACCCACUUCUUGUUUAAUAAUAAUAAUAUUUUGAGGUUCUGGUUGACAAAUAAAAUAUUUUCGCCUUUAAUUCACCAUUUCAUUGUUUUCAACGGAUCUCCAUAUCAAUGUCUGCUUUUUUCGUGUUUUUCUUUUUCUUUUAAGUUCUUUUUUUCAGCUUUCCACGGGUUAAUUUUUGUUGGCGCUUCGCUGCCGUUUUUUUUUAGGCUGGGUAUGUUUUUUUUUUAACUUUUGAACUGUAAAGACUUUUUCAGUUAUUUCGAACGAGUGAGACUGUCGACCGAGGUCCGAUUUCCGCCUGGCGGCCAACCUCAUGCCGUUGUGCCGCCGCUGACCGCUGCCAUUCUCGUUUGUUUCUUUUCAUUUUUGAUAUCUUCGAAUCAAAUAUCUCAAAAGUUUAUGUUUUCGGGAACUGCAAGCUCUUUCUUUGUCUUCAUAUAGACGUAUUUAGGUUUCCAGGUCGAAUUUCAAUUUAAAGAUUGUGAAUGAAGUUCAAGUCUUGAUAAAUAUAUGAAAUCGCGAUCAAAAACUGUAUUUGUUCUUAUUUUUCUAAAAAGUUUUUUCAAAUUUUCGCGAUUUUGCAGGAUUUAAAUUGAAAGCUGGGGUUGAAGACGUUUCUGACAUUCAUCUUUUCCAAAAAUCUAUUUCGCAGCAUUUUAUUCAACAGAUUUAUCCCGCUUUCUUUUAAUUAUUUGAACUAUUUGCAUUUAUUGGUCUGAUUGCAGACUCCGCGGAUGAUGGAGCUGUCAAGUGGACAAAACCUUCAGAACAACUCGCAGUCGGGUCAGACGCAAGGAGCGUUUUCCGAUGGUUCCCGGUUAUGGUCGGUCGCAGAAAAGACAACUGGAGUGGAAACAGUUCUUUCCAGGUGGAGCGAUGAUUUUCCCGAAUUCGCAGGCCUCGCAGAUGCCGCCACAGUUCCAUAUGCCGCAGCCGAUGGAAGGACCCUCGACUUCGGCCUUGUCGCAAAUGUCCACGCAGCCCGUUCCCGCCGAUAGCUACGAGGUUUGAUUUUGGGGCAAAUUUAUAAUUUCAGAAAAGUUUGAUACUAAAAUUUGGUUUAAAUUGUGUUUUCAAGCUUUCUAAUAAUACAUAUGUAGACAUUUUUAAAUUUCUUUUCUUUUCUUUUAAGCUUCUAAGGUUCAGAAUGACUUUAUUGUUAACAUUAAUUCUCUGACAUCUUAUUUUCUAUUCUUUAUCCAUCGAAACUUUCCUAAGACCCUCUCUUCCUGGAUUAAUUGAACUUUGUACGUGACCGCGUAUGUUUCCUAUUGAUUCGGAGUUUUUCUAAUUCCGCAAAGAGGAGAAGAACUUUUUUUUUUUAGAUGUUUUACACUUUCGAGGAAAAAGGUUAAAAUAGAAAUUCACCCAAUGACAGUCCUUUUUCCAUCAGAAAUCGGAUUCCAGAACAUGGAAGCGUGCUCGGCCGGCCCGUCCGAGGUGAACAUGGGAACAGCCACCCGCGAGGAGGACAAGCGAAAAGUUCGUUCUCUUUCUUUGAAAAUAUCUGACCGUUUCAAGAAAAAAUCGGACUUUUUCCAGGAUAUCUAUGGGUACAACGCGCCCUACACGUUGUAUUCAACAGGUUGGAGUGCGGCGACGGAUCCUCAACGAAAGUUUCGACUGGCCGUGUCGAGUUUCAUCGAAGAAUACUCAAACAAGGUAGAAUAGGGAACUUUUUUUUCAAUUUUUCAAACUGCGGCCUUUUUUCACGGCUUCUAAAAAUCAAGAAAAUGUUACUCCGGUCUAAGAACAACGUGAUUAACAGGAGCAGAACAUAUUAAAAGAUUAGGCGAUUAAUAAAGAAAGAUUAAUAGAACUUUUUUUGAGAAUAAAUAUUUUCAUAAAGAAACUUACAAAAAUAAUACAUUGUCAAUCAUUAAAUCCCAAGAAGGAAAUUCUAACUGCGAGUUUUUAUUACAUUCGUAUCUUAGAUUACAAAUUUUUCUGCUUUGAAAAUUUUUUCCAACCGAUUCCAUUUCACAGAAAAACAAAACCGUAUUCCCUUGAUGAUUGAUUUUUUUUUAUAAUUGUUGUUUAACUGUUCAUUUGGCAUGGUAGCAGUGAAUUAAAGCCAAAUAUAAGCGAAUGACCUGAUUCUCGCUUCAGGUGUCAGUUGUGCAGCUGGACGAAGAAGCCGGCGAACUCGUGCUCCGAAGCACAUUUGACCAUCCUUAUCCGGCGACGAAGAUCAUGUGGAUUCCCGACUCCAAGGGAACCUAUCCAGACCUCCUAGCAACCAGUGGAGACUAUUUGCGUCUUUGGAGGGUUCGGUCUUCAUUCAUCUCCGUCUUCAAAUAGCCGGCUGUGGAUUAUAUUGAGAGGAAGUUUUGCAGAUAGGGGUUGACAAUAACGCGAAAAUCGAGUCUCUGCUCAACACCAACAGAACCGCCGAGUACUGCGCGCCGCUGACGUCAUUCGACUGGAAUGAACUUGACUUGAAUCUGAUCGGCACGAGCAGCAUCGACACCACUUGCACUGUCUGGCAGCUCGAGGUACUUCGUUUUGACAAUUUUGAAAAGCUUUUUCAAGCGGAUGUUCAAAAAAAACCUCUUAGUUUUAUGUAAUGGAGUUUCAGAAAUGGUAUUUUUUUAACUCGAGAAAAGUACUCUGAGUUUUAGAUAAUCACUAUCCUUUGAAUUAAAAAAAAUUUCGUUUUCAUAAUCUUUUGUUAGAGUAAUUUCUCAUCUCCCUAUUUUUGACUGAAAUUGAAAUGAAAUUAAUGUUUUUUGUUCAUGAGACUUUUCUUCAUGAAAAAUAUAAAAUUAUCCAAAACUACAGAAGGACGGCGAUUCUAGUUACCCUUAUUGGCUUCUUUUUCUUCAAAAUGACUCAAAUUGCAGACGGGUCAAUCUAUUGGAUCGACACGGUCGAUGGUGGACGGAAAUGUGAGGACGCAGUUGAUCGCCCACGACAAGGAAGUAUUCGACAUUUCCUUCUCUCGCGGCAACAGCCAGGUCUUCGCCAGUGUCGGUCAGUUAAUCAGCUCACAAAGCAACUGAAACAGUGAAAAUGAAAUGGCAAUUCACGACAACUUUUCUGUGCUGAAAACCUCUGAAACAUGAGAUCUUAGGUGCGGAUGGAAGUUUACGAUUGUUCGAUCUCCGGAGGCUGGAACAUUCGACGAUUAUGUACGAAGACGCCUCACGGACGCCCUCUUCUACGGCUCGCGUGGAAUCGCGUCGAUCACAAUUAUAUUUCCACCUUUGCUAUGGACAGUAACGAGGUUCGUUUCCAUAUGAAACUAGCUCGGAAAAAAAAAUAAAAAAAACUUAUGGUGAAGUAACAUGACUUGUUUUUUAAGUUUUUGAGAUAUUCAAAGAAAGAUUCAAAGAUUGAAACUUCCACAACCUUCACCUAAUCAGAGUGUGUUACGGGUUUUAAACAUUUCUGGGUUUUUUUAAAUAAAAAUGACUAUUAGGAAACUUUUUAGAAUUGAUUUUUUUUUAGUGAUCUAACUUGGUAAAUCAAAGAAAUACUUUAAUUUGCAGGUAAUAAUCUUGGAUUUGCGGCUUCCUUGCACUCCCGUGGCGAGGCUGAAGAAUCACACGGCGCCAGUCAACGGCAUCUCUUGGGCUCCUCAUUCGAGCAGUCAUAUUUGCUCUGGAGGUUGGAGGAACUCACUUCUCCGUGAUUUUAAAUGAAAGUCCUGCAGGCGACGACUUCCAAGCUCUCAUUUGGGAUGUUCACGAAAUGCCCAAACCCAUCGACGAUCCCAUUCUGGCCUACGAAGCCAACGGCGAGGUUUCCCACCAACUUUCUUCGUACCAACUCAAUGGGACAUUUCAGGUGAACCAGAUCCACUGGUCGAACUCGUUUCCCGACUGGAUUUCUAUUUGUUACGGCAACAAGUUAGAGAUUUUGCGUGUAUAA